GAGAUAUCGCCCUUAUCUUCAAAAAUUUGUAAAUGGAAGACUGACUUCACGUCAACGAAUUGUUGUUUUUCUUCCUUGACUGUGCGUUUCUUUAGCUAAUUUUCAUUUUCCUUUUGAUCUUGAUAUAUAAAAUCAUUCUAAAGCAGAUCUAAAUGAUCUUACUGCAUAUGAAGAGAAUCUCAAAGCCAGAUCGAGUGGAAGCAAUCAACUACACAUGCUUAGUUACAAACUCUGAAAGUAUUUACUUCCACCUACCUAUCUACGUACCUUCUUCUUCUUUUGCCUUUGUUUUCUUUUUUGAUUUUGUAGUAUUGGUUAUAAUAGAAGUCUACAACUUAUGAUCUGUGCUUGCACACCCUUCUCCAGAUAUUGCAUCAUCUUGGUGAAAUCCAUAUUCUACUCCAAAGAGUCUAGAGAUUUACAUCACACCCUUCUCCAGAUAUUGCAUGAUCUUGGUGAAAUCUAUACUCUACUCCAAAGAGUAUAGAUUUACAUUAAUUAUUCUCAAACAGUCAGUGGAAUUUGCUAUCUGACAUUGAAGAAGUUAUAUAUCUCAACUAAGGGACUUGCAAAUGGACAUCGCAAAUUUAGUCAUUAGUUCGGUGAAGGAUUUUGGCCCUACAGUUUGGAAAUAUGUCAAGUAUCAGAUAUGUCACAAGGAUUAUGUAUGUGCAUUCGAAGAAAUGCAAAGGAAGCUAGAGGGCCAAGAAGAAGACAUUGAGGCAGAAUUAGAGACACAACGACGUAACCACCCUGAAAAGAAGGCAAGGAACGUAGUUGACGAUUGGCUGGAGGCAGCACGCAGAGAAACUACUGCAAAGGUUGAAGAUCUGAUCAAAGGGGGUUGUUUCACAUUUAUUUGCUCAUCAAGAAAGCUCGAGGAAAAGACUGCAGAAUUGAAGCGAUUACUUGAGGAAGGAAAAGAAUUCACUUCCGUUGGUGUGAGUUUGGUCAGAGAUGAUCACGCAAAAAAAGGAAUUCCAAUGCCUGUAGAGAAAUGCAUUGCACGGGAUAAGGUACAAGCAGAAAUUUUGCAACUAUUAAGGGGAGACAAGGUUACAAGAAUUGCAGUUUGUGGAAUGGGUGGUGUAGGCAAGACAACAAUCAUGAAACAAGUCCACAACCAACUAUUGAAAGAAUCCACAGUUAAGGAAGUUGUCUGGGUAAAGGUAUCCAGAGACUUUGAUAUUGUUCUCCAACAAAAAAGACAGUUUGAUAGUCUCAACUUUCAAAAGGACAUUGCUAGAAAAUUGAGAUUAAACUUGAAUGAGCACGAAGAUGCAACCAGGCUUGCAGGACGAAUAUUACAAAGGUUGCAACAAGGCAGUUGUGUUUUAAUUCUGGAUGAUGUGUGGGAGCCUUUUUCUCUAGAACAUGUUGGAAUCCUUGAUGCUUGCAAGAUGGUGCUCACAACACGGUCACAAGAGGUUGCUGGUCAAAUGCAGUGUAAGAAGAUCCUUGUGGAGCCUCUUCCAGAUGAUGAAGCAGUAGCAUUAUUCUUGGACAAAGUUGGAAGUGAGGUGGUGUCCGAUCCCAAAUACAAAAGUGAUAUAGAACCUUUUUUGAAUCAGAUUUUGAAGAAAUGUAAAGGUUUACCCCUUGCUAUUGGGGUGGUGGCAAAAACCAUGAGAGGAAAGUUUGAUCGUCACUUAUGGGAGAUGGCAGAUAAAAAAUUGAGCAAAUCUAAAGAAAUUGUUGAUUGUUUGAAGUUCAGUUAUGAUCACUUAGAAGAACAAUACAAGGAGUGUUUUUUAUACUGUGCAUUGUAUCCUGAGGAUCAUGAAAUCGAAAAAGACGAGUUGAUUGAAUUUUGGAUUGAGGAGGGAUUUAUUGAAGAUGAAAGUGGGUCUCGGUACUUAAUGAUUUGUGAGGGCCAUUCUAUUAUUCAGAAGUUCAUAGACAAUUGCAUGUUGGAAUCGGUUAAAAAAGAAUGCAAUGGAAAAUGGGUGCUGCCGCAUGCACUGGUUAAAAUGAAAAACAAAGAAGAUGGGGUGACUAUGCAUGAUCUUCUCCGAGAAAUGGCAUUGAAGAUAAUUCAUCCCCAAUUCAUGGUGAAAGCUGGCAUGGCCUUGGAAGAGCUACCAGAGGAGGUUGAAAGGAGAAAAAAUCUUUUGAAGGUUUCUCUAAUGAAGAAUCAAAUAAGAGAAUUUCCUUCAAGUAUGUUGUCUCCAAAGUGUACAGUGCUCACAACCUUAUUGUUGUCCAGAAACAAUAUUACAACAAUUCCAGAAGCCUUCUUUGAUCAUAUGCCUGGGCUGAAGAUCCUUGAUCUUUCUGGCAAUCCGAAGCUACAUAGGCUGCCGAGUUCUGUUUCUAAAUUGGAGAGCCUUACGACACUACUGUUGGAGAAUUGUGAGUCCUUAGAAGAGGUAACAUUUUUAUCCAACCUCGGAGGCUUAAAAAAGUUAAACCUUCAUGGGACAAUAAUUAAAGAACUACCCCAAGGCCUCAACAUGUUAACCAAUCUAAAAUAUCUUUGGCUUGGUAGAAUAUUAACUGAAAUACCUGACAGAUUGCUACAAAAUCUCUCCAAACUUCAGUGUUUAGGAGUAGAUGGGAUUAGACCAUUGAAAUGGGAGGAGAUUGAAAGAUUGAGGAAGUUGGAAUCUCUUGCUUGCCGGUUGUCUACGUUGGAUGAUAUGAGCCUCUUUGUUAAGUCUGAAAGAAAGCUUUUAAAUCAAUACAAAAUUUUUGUUGGAAGCUACAGUCCACAUGAUCGUUACACCUAUAACGAAACCUUUUCAAAUGUUAUGAAAUCAAUUGUAUGCUGUCAUAUUGAUAUAUGUGAGAAGCCUAAUUGGUUACCAUCUUAUGCACAAGGCUUCUACAUCUUGGACUGCAAGGAUGUGAAAAGCUUGGACGACAUUUCUGGCUUUCAAGAAGCAACCGACUUGCGGCACUGCACCGUUGAUCGAUGUGAUGGCCUGGAGUUUGUUGUCUCCUCGCACUGCUUAAAGCUGCUCCAAAACCUUGAGUCGCUACACCUUUAUGAUCUGAAAAAAUUGAAUGCAGUGGUUGGGGCAGUAGAAGCAGUUGCCAAGUCAGCACCGUUGCCAGCUGGCACUUUUUCUUCUCUUCAAAAAAUUGAAGUUCAGCAAUGUGGAAAAAUAAAGAAGUUAUUGCCGCUUAGGUUGUUGCGGUAUCUCCAGAAUCUACAGACCAUUAAGGUUAGCUUAUGUCAUCAAAUGGAGGAGGUAAUAUGGUCCGAAUAUGAAGAAGGAGAAAAAGUCCUAGAAAUACCCACUCUACCCAAGUUAGAAAGGGUGACAUUGGUGGAUUUGCCUGCAUUGAAGAGCAUCUACAGUGGCUCUACUACUGUCUUGAUCUUUCUCAUUAAAUCCCAUUUUUCAUUGCAACUCAUAUUCGACCUUACAUCACAUUUUCCAUCCCAUGUCAAAUUUACAUUCAUUUCAUGCUCAUUUCAUGUUUAGAAUAAAAUCAAAUUUGAUCCUCAUAUUUUCUUGUUCUUCAAUCAAAUCCUUUAAGUCAUGAUUUUCAAAAAAAAAGAAAAAAGUACAAGCUCUCAUUCGAAGAAGUUCUCACCAUCUUGCAUUUUGUUGCAUGUUUCAAACUUGUGGGCCUUAUUCAACUAAAUCCAAAGCAUUUCACAUUUAAAAAAAAAAAAAGAAAAAAAAAGAGAAAAAAAGGUUCUUCCAAGAUAAAUUCAUGAAAAAUCCAUCUUUUAGACAUCAAAAUAAUUUGAGCACAUGAUUUUGGAGCAUCACAUCAUCCAUUCUCUCCAAGUAUCACACCAUUCAUUUUUUCUUCAAGCUUCAUGGCAUUUGCUUUCUUUUCAAAGGAAUGAUAUUUCCUAUGAAUGCCAAUUUAAUGGUAGUAACAGUGAAUCACCAGCUUCUCCUUUGAAAUUUGCUUAGCAUACUUAAUGAAGAAAAAUUCAUGUU